CCACAUGGCGGGUUAGCUAUGACACUUGUAAGCACAAGUCUCAGAAAACCCGCCCGCACCGCAUCCCUGCCCCCAAUACUCUAUGUUGAAUUCAACAACCCAUGUUCUCACCUCAAUACUUUUUCUAAUACGACUUUUUUUUCUUUUUUAAAAGAAUAGAAAACAGUGAAAGUUUUUAGAGCUUUAUUCAGGUGGUGAUGAAAUUUGAUUGCUAUGUGUCAGUGUUGAAGUCUGAAAGAAAGAAACACAUAUGGCUAGUUGCAGGGCUGUUUGGUUUGGUUAUAAUUGUUCAGCAUCUUAAAUUUCCAUAUGGAACCAUUUCAGGAAGUCUCUUUUCUCCUGGCAAGUUUGCAUGGUGGGGUUCAAUGAUAAGGAAUGAAACCCACCAAAUUGGUAAUCUUAGUUUCAGUUCAGAUAUGGAAACCAAAGAUUUCAAGAUUGGGUUCACAUUAGGAAAUGGAUCUGACAUUUUAAAAUCGAAAAUCAAACCAAAUGAGAUGAGUAUACCGCCCGAACCUGCUACGAGUUUCGUGUCUGGUUAUGUAGCAUCAAGGCCCAUGGCCUCACCAUCUGCUUCUUUGUCUCAAUCCGCUAGGGAUGCAAUCACAACUUCAGUAGUUAUUACCCCUAGUCCCAGAGAAUCCAUAGUGAGCAGAAAUGCGACCAUUGCACUUAACCCUCACACAUUGCCGAGUGACCAAAGUGUUUCUUGUGAGAAUCCCAUGGUAAAGGAAAUGGCCAUGAAACAUAAAGCAAUGGGAGCAGUGUCGUUUUUGGAGAUGAAAAAUAUGUUGUUUCAUAAUCAAUCUUCAUACCUUCGAAUUGAACCACUUUGGCCUUCUGCUGUUGAUCAACAGCUGUUAAAUGCUAAGUUUCAAAUUGAGAAUGCAGAUAGUAUUCAGGACAGUGAUGACCUCCAUGCUCCUCUUUAUUGGAAUGUGUCUAAGUUUAAAAGAAGCUAUGAGUUAAUGGAGCAGACACUGAAGGUAUACAUUUACAGCGAGGGAGAAAGGCCAAUAUUUCAUAAGCCUAACCUGGGAGGUAUAUAUGCUUCUGAAGGUUGGUUCAUGAAGCAACUAAUAGCCAACACAAACUUUGUAACUACAGACCCCCGAAAAGCACACUUAUUUUACCUACCUUUUAGUUCUCACAACCUUGAACGAAGCUUGUACGUGCCAGACUCUCACAGCUUUACCAACAUAAUCGAAUAUCUUAAUAGCUAUGUCCACUUGAUCAGAGGCAAACACCCUUUCUGGAACAGAACAUGUGGAGCAGACCAUUUUCUUGUCGCUUGCCAUGACUGGGCUGCUGAGGAGACGAGGUGGCAUAUGGCUAACUGUAUAAGAUCUCUCUGCAAUGCUGAUCUUCGAGAAGACUUUCAGUUGGGGAAGGAUGUUACUCUCCCUGAAACGUACAUGCAUUUGUAUCAGGACCCGAUGAGAAAUGUCGGGGGGAAACCGCCUUCCAAGCGAACUUUUCUCGCUUUCUUCGCAGGAAAAAUGCACGGCUACGUCCGCCCCAUUCUUCUGAAAUACUGGGAAAACAAAGAUCCCGACAUGAAGAUCUUUGGUCGGGUGAACAAGAAAGAGUACAUGAAGCACAUGAAGAAUAGCAAAUACUGCAUUUGCGCUAGAGGGUACGAGGUUAACAGCCCUAGGGUCGUGGAGGCAAUUUCCUAUGAGUGUGUUCCUGUCAUCAUAUCAGACAAUUUUGUUGUUCCAUUUCUUGAGACAUUAAACUGGGAAUCCUUUGCGGUUUUCGUGCUGGAGAAGGAUAUUCCGAAUCUCAAGAACAUACUUGAAUCAAUUCCGGAAAAGAGCUAUUUGAAGAUGCAUGAGAGAGUUAAGCGUGUGCAAAGGCAUUUCCUGUGGCAUUCUAGUUCUGAGAAGUAUGACAUCUUUCAUAUGAUACUUCAUUCUAUUUGGUAUACUAGAGUUUACAGGACGACACACUAGCAUUUGUGUUGAUCAUCAUGUAAAUUCAGAGAACACUGUGUCAUUGGUUCUCUUUUUAGCAUAGUGUUGAGCUGUAAUAUUAUGUUAUGCUCUUUAUUUUCCUUCAGACAGUUGGCUGUAUAUAACUCAUAGGAGUAGUGGGGGGGUUACUAGGUCCCGGCCCGCCCAGAUUUAGAAGAAGCCUGUAUUUUACAUUAACCUAUUUUGGAUAUCAUUACACCCUUCUUAAUCUGGCUACUCAUCCGUCUGCCUUAAAGUCAUAGUUGCUUACCACUUGGGUUCAACCAUCACCUAUUCACCUCGGUUAUCCUGUACCCCUGAUGGUUGUAUGCCUUAGUCCCAGAGUUUGAUUUGGACCAAUCACGGACUCCAUAGUCAUCCGUUUGUGGCGGGUCCGCCGGAACAAUGGUAGGUGUCUUACCAUUAUCAAAGUAACAUGUCAUUUACGUUUACUAGUAAUAAUACCAUCCAACUCUUUGUCAA